CCCAAACACUAUCAAAAUAGCCGCGCGUACAAUUUUUCUUUUGGAACGGAUUUAUUCCGCGGGGCGUUUUUCGGCAGGGAUUUACGCGAGUGAUGACAAAAGUAGUCGUGUCGUAGAAAAAGAAAUAAGUGGAAAAAAAUGCAAAAUUACGAUAUACUGAUUCAGGAGAUCGAAGCAAUUGAUGAUUAUUUGGGUCCAACAUUCAGAGCUAUUUACGAUGGACACGAACACCAAAAGUUUAUGGAAAAAUUGGAUGAACGGGUCAAAACCCAUGACAAGGACAUCGAACGCAUGUGCAAUCAUCAUUAUCAAGGAUUCAUUGAUUCUAUACGUGAACUUCUUCAAGUGCGCUCCCAAGCACAAGAGCUCAAUAGUGAAAUUCUCGAGUUGGAUAAACGUAUCAGCGCCUCGACUACAAAAGUGAUAACACAGGGUGAAGAACUUGUAAAAGCUCGAAAAGUUGAAAGCAACAUGGCAGCGGCAGUGGAUAGUCUGACAAUGUGUUUACCAGUUCUUGCUGCUUACGCAAAACUUCAGCGACAGCUGAAAGACAAACGUUACUAUCCUGCUCUUAAAACUCUUGAACAAUUGGAGAACCAUGAUUUGCCAAAAGUUACGAAUUACAGAUUUUCCUCACAAAUUACCGAGCAAAUACCUUUGUUGCGCGAGAAUAUCAAAGAAGCAUCAAUGUCUGAUUUGAGAGAUUUCCUAGAAAAUAUACGAAAAUACUCUCCCAAAAUUGGAGAAGUCGCUAUGCGACAUACAGCCGAGCAGCUUGUAAGUGAAGCUGAAAUUAUCGGUAGAAAGAAGAAAAAGCUUCAGACAAGUUCGUCGACCACUGAAGAAGAAGAAUUGAGUGCUCAAGACCUCAUGGAUUUUAGUCCUGUAUAUCGUUGUAUGCAUAUUUACACAGUCCUUCGCGAGGGAGAAACGUUCAAAGCUUAUUAUCAACAGCAACGAAAACAACAAGCACGGUUGGUUUUACAACCACCUAUAAAUAUGCACGAAAGUAUCGUCGGAUACCAAACUUACGUUCACGGAAUCUUGGGUUUUUUUGUGGUCGAGGAUCAUAUCUUAAAUACCGGAAAUGGUUUAGCGACUCGUUCGUAUCUCGAGGAACUCUGGGCAAUGGCAUUAUCGAAAAUUGUUAACGCUUUGAGAACGCACUCGGCCUACUGCACAGACGCUAUGUUAAUUUUGAAGAUAAAAAAUCUCAUAAUGCUCUUCAAUACAACGCUCAGGAAUUAUGGGUAUCCGGUCGGUCAACUUUGGGAAUUACUUCAAGAGAUUCGAGUCCAUUACAACGAGGUCCUCAUGCAACACUGGGUUCAAGUUUUCCGCGAUAUUUUGGACGAAGAUAAUUUUCUACCGAUUCAAGUUACGACUCAGGCCGACUACGACCAAGUUCUUCAAUCGUUUCCUUGUCACGACGAGGAAUUGCAAAAGGCAAAUUUCCCAAAAAAAUUUCCAUUCUCCGCCAUGGUACCAAAAGUUUAUCAUCAAGUCAAGGAGUUCAUUUACGCCUGCCUGAAAUUUUCGGAAGAUCUUAAUCUCACGCAGAAUGAAAUUGACGAAAUGAUUUGCAAAUCUACGAAUUUGCUGCUUACGAGAACCUUCAGCGGUUGCCUUUCUUCUUUGUUUCGAAAACCUUCGCUGGCUCUCUUACAAGUUGUACAAAUUAUUAUCAAUACCGGCUAUCUUGAAAAUUCAACCAAGUACUUGGAAGAAUUUGUCUCCAAUAUUACCGGAACUCCUCACGAGGGUCAGCUGAGCUGCGGAGGUGUGAAAUCAGCGAUGUUUAGAGUAGCAAGGGACGACGCUGAGAAACAAAUUUGUGAUAAGCUAAAACGAAAACUGGAUGAAUUUUUGGAACUCGAGAAUUACGAUUGGAACUUGGCCGAACCACAAGGUCACGCUUCGGGUUUCAUCACGGAUUUAAUAGCUUUUCUUCAAAGCACAUUCACCUGUUUCACCAAUUUGCCUGCCGAGGUUGCUCAAGUCGCUUGCAGAUCGGCGUGUUCCCACAUUGCGAAAUCUAUUUUAGGUAUAUUAAUUAGCGAGGAUUUGAAACAAAUAUCUAUGGGCGCCCUUCAACAAGUAAAUUUAGAUACGAUACAGUGCGAACAAUUUGCGGCCUCGGAACCAGUGGUGGGUCUACCCGAAGGUGCUUUAUUACAGUAUUUCGCGCAAUUGCGUCAAUUGCUCGAUUUAUUUAUGAGUUGGGACUGGCCUACUUAUUUUCACGAUUAUGGCCACGAAUCCAGCAAGUACAACUUAGUGACGCCAAAUAUGGCUGUACUUCUGCUCGAAAAAUUGCGUGAAUCGGACAAGAAGACUGUAUUCUCUGUACUGAAGAAAAGCGAAAGGGACAAAAAGAAGUUGCUUGAGACGGUAUUGAAGCAAUUGCGCCAAUUGGCACAGACGACACAGCAGUGAAAAAACUCUAAUGCGAUAAUUCGAGUUUGAUCGAUUAUGAGCAACGAUUAAAUCAGUUUCAUAGUUUUAAUUAUAUUUUUAGUAACACGUUGAAGGAUCUUUUAUUGGUGAAUUAUAGCAAAAAGUGUGACAUUCGCUGAAAAUUCCAUAACUUCAUAACAUACCGUUUGAAAAAACUGACUAUCUAAAAAUUAUCGAAAUUGAUUUUUUUCUAAUAAAGCAAAUACUUCAAUAAAUUGCUUAACGAAACUUUCAAUCGUGAUUUUUCCAUAUCGUAAAAUUAAAUAAUUCAUUUCUCUUUACAAUUAAGAAACUUUUAGCUAAAAUUAUCCGAUGAAAGAUCUUUAAAAGAAGAACGUUAUUUAAUCAUGUGUAAAUAACUGUAACAUAUUUUGUGACAAUGCACAGUGAUAAGUCUCAGAGAAUUGAGGCCCAUAGAUGAAUCAUUGAUUAUUCGAUACGGCACGAAAUGUCUUGUAAAAAGACUGUGAAAAGUAUAUUUAUUUGAUUAAAAAAAAAAUGGGAUAAGUAA